CACAAUCAGUUUGUUUUCAUUGUUCGUUCCAGUCUGACGUGUUUUGUCUGUGAUCAAAGAGAGGUGCUCUGGCAGCGCGAGCGAACGAACUACUGUGACUGACCAAGUGACUAAGCGCAGUGCUUCAUCCAAUGCAACCAACCGUGUGACUAAGUGUUGUCCGUCGUAGCCUACUUAGAUAAGAGCGGUGGCGUCAGAGAGGAUUCCAAAGCUAAAACACCAACGUCCAUUGGCCAUUGCUCAUCCAGUGAAACAGUGAAAAGGGCUUCCCAGCACCCAGUUCGCUCGUUUCUGGCACAGUGAUCUAACCAAAGAUCGAGAUCGUUUGUGAUAAGAAGCCAACGGAUCGCGCGCGCAAUUCAAGUCUUCCCGGCACGCGGCGACGUGGUCGUAAAUCGAACGAGAUUCUGUUGUCAGCGCCGGCAGAGUCGCAAAAUUUCGGGGCGAUUGUAAAUCCAUCGUGUGACGUGUGAUUAUCUUUCUCUCAUUGUCGAGAUUAUUAAACAUAUUUGUCCGGCGAAUUAUCAGCUAGAGGCCGGGUCGUUAGCCGCCUGGGUGGAACCAUAUUUGUUCAGUCUCGGCCUUAUCUCGAUCCGGGUGUUGUGUGGCACGGCAAGAACGUUUUGUUGAAAUCCAGUGUCCAGUGACGAUGGCCGGCGAAGUGUUAAGGAUAGAUCUGACCAUCGAUGAGACUGACGUAAUUCGGGGAGCCGGAGAGGUCCUGAAGCUUAUCAGGCCCCAUUGGCGCAGUGACAGCGUGCGGUUCAAGCUAUUUACCGAUGGAAUCACCAACAAACUGGUCGGAUGCUUCAAUCAAAACAAUAACACCGUUGAUGACACCGCAGAUGACGAAACCGGGGACGUCGUGCUGAUACGGGUCUAUGGGAACAAAACCGAUCUGCUAAUCGACCGGAAGAAGGAAACCGAGAACAUUCGACUGCUCCAUCGGUACGGCUAUGCGCCGACCCUCUACGCAACGUUCCGCAAUGGGCUGGCGUACGAGUUCGUGCCGGGCGUCACGCUCACACCGGACAGCUGCCGCGAGGAACGGGUGUGGCGGUUGGUCGCCAAACGGAUGGCCCAGAUGCACAAGGUGCGCGAUGAGUCCGUCGGAGACUGCCGGCAGCCGAUGCUACCGGAAAAGAUCGACCAGUUCCUCAAGCUAGUGCCACAGGUUUUCAGCGAUCCGGCGAAACAUUCAAGAAUAUCGCAGAUAUUCCCCAGCACGGACGAUCUGAGACGUGACUUCAACGAGCUGUACGAUCGCCUGAGCCAGCUAAACAGCCCGACCGUGUUCUGCCACAACGAUCUGCUGCUUGGGAACGUCAUAUACUGUGCCGAUCGGGACCAAGUCACGUUCAUCGAUUACGAGUAUGCGGCGUACAAUCACCAGGCGUUCGACAUCGGCAAUCACUUUACGGAGUUUGCAGGAAUCGACGAAAUCGACUACGACCGGUACCCAUCGAAGGAGUUCCAGCUGCGCUGGCUACGGGUUUACCUGGAGGAAUUCAAUGGCCACGGGAACUGCACCGAUAGCGACGUGCAGCGGUUGUACGUGCAGGUGAAUCAGUUUGCGCUGGCGUCGCACUUCCUAUGGGCGGUGUGGGCACUCAUCCAGGCGGAACAUUCGACCAUCGAUUUCGACUUCAUACAAUUCGGUGAGACCCGCUACCGAGAAUACCUGCGACGCCGCGAGGAAUUCCUUUCACUAACAUAUCAAAAUUAAACACACAAAGAAAAGAAAACCUGUUGCUAGAAUUUUCAAAUUAGGAUUCGGAUCCCCGGAACUCAAAGUUCCAGCUGCAAUCAAGAGGUCACCAAAAAACCCCAGCUCAACAACUUAGCGUUUUGCAUGUUUGCGCGAAGAAGAUUAAAUCUCGAACCCCACUGCGAUAUUCAUUCCACUUUGCUUUUAACGACACUGACACGGAUCGGAAUCGGAUCGGAAUUGUUAACAAAUAUCAUCACAAGGACGGACGGACGGACCUAAACCAAGAACCAAGAGAGUGCUAUAACCGGAUGUAGGCCAAAGCAUAUUUUUUAUGUGAGCGUUUUGUAGAAGCGUUUUUUUAUAGAGUCGACUCGAAAAUUGUACAACAAAUUUGUUUCUGUUUUUUUAAGGUUAUGAUAUUGAAAUAAAGGAAAAUUGUCAGACAAAGCAGG